UGGGCGUACCGGGAUAGCGCUGGACACCUCUAGCAUGGAGGUCCUAUCCGAAGCCGACGCAUCGAAUCCUGCACAAGUCGAAAAGAAUGCGGAAGCUAUCAAGCAACGCGGCAACGAGCACUUCAUGGCCAAGCGACACAAAGAAGCCGUUGAGUGCUACAGCCAGGCCAUAAGCUUGAGUGCGUCGAACCACGUCUUGUACGGCAACAGGAGUGCAGCCCACGGUGGUCUUGGCGCCUGGGCUCUGGCUGCCGCCGACGCCAGGAGAAGUGUCGAGCUAGAGCCGGGAUAUACGAAAGGGUUCUAUCGCUUGGCACAGGCGCUCAUCGCAUCGGACGAGUUAGCCGAGGCGGAAUCGGCUAUUGAAAACGGUCUGCGCGCCGAUCCCGCGAACAAAGAGAUGGCUGCAUUGAAGAGAAGAAUCACUGGCAGCCGCCGCAGACAUACGCAGCAGGUUGGCAAGGGAGCAGUAGCAGCAACAACAGGAGGGGGAGGAGUGCCAAAGAAGGCCGCGAAAAGCAUCGAUUUACGUCGGGCCGGCCUGUACGACGACAAGGAAGCGCCCGACAACAGGACUCAAGACCAGGCGAGCGCUGCCCAGAGUCAUGGCUUUGGUUCACGUCUUGAGGCUGCGAUGCGUUUUGCUUAAAACUAGCUGCCCGUAGCUGUCCAAGCUCGCCUGCGGCAAGGCCGCCUACUGGCGGUGAUAGCCUGGAAGGAACACGUAAUUACUUUCUUUUCACGCGCGAGGCCCGGUGAUGUGUUGUCUGUAGUGUUUUUUGGAUUCUGGUAUUCGUUUGCGAUGGAUUUGUUUUCCUGCGUUGGAACGUGUGGGGCCU